GGUUUCAAUUGUAAUUAAAGAUUGUGCGUUCAAUAAUUUUGUAGUGAUCUCUUGUUAAUAUGGCAAGCUUUUCACAUCUCCCACAUGCUGCAAAAAGACUUGAAGGAAAGGUGGUUUUGAUUACCGGUGGCGCUAGGGGCCUUGGUGAGUGCAUGGCAAGGCUGUUCUGCAAAAAUGGCGCCAAGGUUGUGAUUGCCGACAUUCGAGACCAACAAGGACUCGCCCUCCAAGAUACCAUAGGAGUUCAAUUCGCAACCUAUGUACAUUGUGAUGUAACUAAAGAAGAUGAUGUUGAAAAUGCAGUUAACUUAGCAAUAUCAAAGUAUCAAAAACUAGACAUAAUUGUUAACAAUGCUAUGCAAAUAGAUGAUGCUAAGCCUAGCAUUCUUGAUAAUGAUGUGUCUGAAUUCGAGCGCGUUCUUAGAGUUAACCUCACAGGGCCUUUCUUGGGAAUCAAGCAUGCAGCUAGAGUGAUGAUCCCAGAGAAAAAGGGUAGUAUUGUAAAUGUGGGAAGUGUAUGUUCAAGCAUUGGAGGAGUUGCAACUCAUGCAUACACAAGCUCCAAGCAUGGCUUAAUUGGACUCACAAAGAAUGCUGCUGCUGAACUUGGAAAAUUUGGGAUAAGAGUGAAUUGCUUGUCUCCUUACUUUAUUGCAAAUGAUGCAGCUAAAGAGUUCUUCAAACUUGAUGAUGAAGGGUGUUUAAAUGUUUAUUCCAAUCUUAAAGGGAUUCAUUUGAUGGAAGAAGAUGUAGCACAAGCUGCACUUUAUUUGGCUAGUGAUGAGUCCAAGUACAUCAGUGGUCAUAAUCUAGCUGUGGAUGGUGGUUUCACUACAAUCAAUCCAAUUUUUGGUGUGUUCUCACAAUCUUAAAUUGGAAUCUUCGAUUCAUCGUCAUCUCAUCGUUUAUGGAAUCUUUGUAAACGUGCAAUUGGGUUUUCUAUGAAAUAAUUAAUAAGUGCAGUACUUAAUAACAUAUAAGUAAACUUGAUUUAAAAUUAGGUUAUUGCAUUGCUAUGUAAAAUCGUAACUUCAGCGUACACUUUGCUUAGAAUCUGAUAAAAUGUAAUAAGUGUGUGAUUAUGAAUGUUACAUAUAUGAAAUUAUAGAUGUUAAGUUAAAUAAGAUAACUUCGAAUUAUUGUCUCCCUAAUAUUACUGUUCUAAUAAAUGAGAUUGUCUAACAUCUAAAUAAGUUGGAUACACAGGCACAGAAUGACUGAUAUGACUCAUUUUUCAUAUAUACUCCACAACAUGAAUUAAGAAUGAUUAAGCUUGUGUAUCAAUCAAUAUCAAUGGAGUAUGAUCACUAGUUAAUUUAAUUUGCUCCACCAAAGUGCCCUUGUAGUUCAUCACUCUUGAAUUUUUCACACUCUGCUUCCAGUUAAGUGUUUGACUUAGAGAGUUUCAUCACUAAAUUCACAUUUGUUAAAAUUAGCUUUGCCAUCAUCAUGAUGACAAAUUGACCAUUAGGACACAAUUUUUUUCUUCUUUUUUUUGUUAAAAAAAAGUUAUUGUUAGCUCAAUAAGCAUUUCCAACUUUCCAUGCCCUGUGUUAGAGACUUUAGAUAGAACCUUUUGAGUUUGUUACAAAUUGUAAAUCAGGUUUAGUUACCAAGUUGCUGUAUAGACUCAUUGUAAUUACCUUUUCUAAGUUAUAAUUUUCUAGUUUCAUUCUAUCCAUUGUUUUCUCUUAUCACCAUGGAUUUCACCACCCUCUCAAUUGACAUUCAAAAGGGUAGUAUUUUCCUCCUGCAGAAUUGAAUCCAACACUAUCAAAAUAGCAGCAGAUACAUAUAUAUUGCAUAAAUUAGGUCAGAAAAAUUUCAAAA